GGCUUCCUCUUGGCCACUCGCGGGGGUGAGGGGAAGCCGGAGGAGCCCGGGAGGAAGCGGAGGAACUAACGGGAGACGGCGGUGGCGGGUCCCGUCGUCCUCCAGCAGGACUGACCGCUGGGAGACCGGAGCGGCGGGCGGGAGUCGGGAGCUUAUUUAAUGAGAGGGUGUCAUAGACUAAAAAGCCAAACAUGAGGGUAGCAGGUGCUGCAAAGUUGGUGGUAGCUGUGGCAGUAUUUUUACUGACAUUUUAUGUUAUAUCUCAAGUAUUUGAGAUAAAAAUGGAUGCAAGUUUAGGAAAUCUAUUUGCAAGGUCAGCACUGGACACAGCUGCACGUCCUACAAAGCCUCCCAGAUAUAAAUGUGGGAUCUCAAAAGCUUGCCCUGAGAAACAUUUUGCAUUUAAAAUGGCAAGUGGAGCAGCCAAUGUGGUUGGACCAAAAAUUUGCCUAGAAGACAAUGUUUUAAUGAGUGGUGUUAAGAAUAAUGUUGGAAGAGGGAUCAACGUUGCCUUGGCAAAUGGAAAAACAGGAGAAGUAUUAGACACUAAAUAUUUUGACAUGUGGGGAGGAGAUGUGGCACCGUUUAUUGAGUUUCUGAAGUCCAUACACGAUGGUUCAGUAGUCUUAAUGGCAACAUAUGAUGAUGGAGCAACCAAACUCAAUGAUGAGGCGCGGCGGCUCAUUGCUGACUUGGGGAGUACAUCUAUUGUUAAUCUGGGUUUCAGGGAUAACUGGGUCUUCUGUGGUGGAAAAGGCAUUAAGACAAAAAGCCCUUUUGAACAGCACAUAAAGAACAAUAAGGACACAAACAAAUAUGAAGGAUGGCCUGAAGUCGUAGAAAUGGAAGGAUGCAUCCCCCAGAAGCAAGACUAAAGGAAAUGUGGAGAAAAUUGAAGGAAGUGCACUUUGACUAUUAGUGGGAAAGCUAUAACAGAGAAAUUCCAUGUAAAUAUUUUAAGAGCAUGCAGCCAUCUUGGUGUGUGCAUGAAUAUUCUCUCUUUUGAUAUCAGGAUUAUUUAUUGCUAACAUAAAUAGAUAUCUUUGUAAAUACUCAUCAUAAUAAGCAAGUCACUGAACUAUUUCUAAGCACAUUUCCCUAAUAAAACAAUGUUUAGACUUAGACCGCUAUAUGGUAAUGACAUUAAUUCUAACAGCAUACUCAAUAGAUAACUGACCAGAUUGUGAAAAGUGUACUGAGAUAUAUAUAUAUGUAUAUAUAUGCCAUGUAUAUGGAUUUAUGUGCUGGUUGCUGUGAAAAUCGACCAUGGAAUAAUAUGGAUUUUAGGAAGGGGACUAUAUUUUCUUUUAUAUACAUAUUGCCUUUUGACGAUAGUGUCUUUUAAAUUAAAAAGAUAUUUGGCUAGUUGUGUGUAUAACAUUACUUUAUAGUCUCACCUCCUAAUGUACCUCUUUUCUUAGUCUUUCCUUUCCCUACCCCUCAUUCUAAGAAAACUAGAAAUAAAAUGUUUGAUAGGAAAACUUUAUAUCAGAUAUGUGAAAAGCACAACAAAAUCUUUUUUUCGUGUAAACAGUACAAAAUAAAUAUAUAAAUGUAGAUGGUGUUCAGAAGUACAGCUUCUGGAUUUUGUGUGGAGCAGUGUGAGUAACUUGAUUUUGUAAAAGCUAUUCACAGCUAGGCUGGAGGUGGCAGUGCCACAGAACUGAGGAGCCAGGCCAAGUCCCCUACUCGACCUUAUUAGGUCAAUCAGGGCGGCUGUGCCAGUAUGUUUAGAAAAAUAUUGGCCUAUAUUUUCCUCAUUUAAUUGUUAUUGGCAUUGACCAGGUGUUUUGCAGUGAGGGCAUGCCUUAAUACCACAGUAAUUUUGAUUCUGUAUUUACUUCAUCUGACUCCAUAAUAUCAUUUUCUGCCUGAAGCUAUAAUGGCAUCUUUAGAGAAGUGUUAAUUACUGAGAGGACUAAUUAUAGCAUUUAAAAAAUAAUGUUAUUUGUUCCAAAAAUGGUGUUAUACCCAAUGCUACAUAAAAAUGUAGAAGAGAGAUCUAACAUUUUUGUUAGUUUCAGAUAUUCACUAAAUGAUUCAAGGUAUGUUUUUCAUUUUGUUUUGUUUUAUUUUUGUUUUGUUUUAGGGCAUUAAGUACUAUUGUGUAUCAAGUAUGUUAAACUGGAAUGUAAACAGAUUUAAUGAUCAAACUGUCAUUCACAACAUAAGGCAGCACUUCAAUUUUGAAUCUAAAUUUUAAAUGGCUUGUAUAAAAAACUAAAAGCAGUAUUUGUUAGAAGUUAGAAGAUAAUUCAGGCAGUUCUUAAAUAUUAACGCGCUUUAGGGUACUUCCUUCGAACUGAAUGUAAUUCAUGAAUACAUGCAUCUUACAUGUUUAAACAAUUUUUGUAAACUUUUCAGAUUUUUGGUGCUUAUAUGCUAAAUCACAUUCAGCAUGUAUAUUUUGACAUUUAAAAUACUUCCCCUGAUUCUGUAAAUUAAAAGAAAAGCUAUUUUACAGUUCCAGGGAUUAUGAAAUAAAUGUUGCAUUAAAAAAAAUCAUGAAAAUAAAUACUGUUGGUUUUGCAUUGU